AUGUCUAAUUACUUAAAUUAUUAUUUAAGGUCAAAUAUUCGUCAUAAAUCUGUUUUAAACUUUAUUCUCUGUCUUCCUGAACUAAUUUUUUAUGAUGCAUAUUAUACUGGAUCAGAAUCACAUACGGCAGAAUUUAUUUAUGAUAAGCUUAAAUCUGUUAUUGAAGAGGUUGGAUCAUCAAAAUUUGUAGCAGUCAUUACUGAUAAUGCAAAUACAAUGCGUGCAGCAUGGAGAUUGCUUGAUAGAGAUUAUUCAAAUCUUAUUUGCAUGAGAUCAGAAGCUAUUUUGCAACAAGAAUCUAAUACAAUUAUGCUUGUUAAACCAGUAGAUACACGUUGGGGAACUUAUCUUAAUUCAGUUCAGUCUGUUAUUCACUCAAUUGAAGAACUUAACUUAAACUUACAACAUGAAGAAGAUAUUUCUAAUUUAAUUACUACAAGAUUUGAAUUUAUUUUUCAUCCGGCUUUGGUAUUCGCUAAUUUGUUAGAUCCAAAUUUUCAUGGAAAAGCCUUAAAACCAGAUGAUUUAACGAAUAUUGUUAUUCCAUAUUUAAAUGAAAAUUAUUCAUCUACUACUGCUGCACAUUUAUAUGGAACAAUUCAAAAAUAUAUUGCAAAAUCUGAUGAAUUUUCAAAUCCUUUACUUUGGGAAUCAAUUAAAUAUUCCAAUUCUAUUAGUUGGUGGAAAUCAAAUUUUGAGCAUAAAUAUCCUUUGCUUGUAAAAUUGGCAGUUACAUUAUUAUCAAUACCAACUUUGUCAGCUUCAGCUGAACGUAAUUGGUCGCAGUUUAGAUUUAUUCAUAGCAAAUUGCGUACUAGAUUAGAUAAUAAUAAAGUUAAAAAAUUAGUUGCUAUAUCUCAAAAUCUUAGAAUUCAAAAAAAUAUUGUAGAGGAUAGUUGGUUUGACGAAUUACAAUAA